AUGGCUCUUUUCAGCAAAGGUCUUGGAUGCUACUCGAAAGAAAAAGUGGUGCCUCAUCUGUGCCCGGACAUCAAGUCAACUUUUGGACUCAAAUGGCCAGUGCCAUACGCGGUUUUACCAACCCUCGAUGCCAAACGCCUUGAAGAUACCGGAGUCCUAAAACCGAAGGAAGCGAUUGUAACGCCAAUCCACAAAACUGGUGACCGACUGUCGCCUGGCAGCUGCAAGCCUGUAAGCCUCACUAGCGUGCCGUCCAAGGUGAUGGAACGCCUUGUGAAGCAAGCUAUCCUAGAACACCUUAGUUCCAGCAACCUGAUAUCUCCAGUUCAACACGGAAUCCUCCCACACCGCUCUCGCGUGACAAACAUGCUCGUGUUUGUGGACAGCUCAACCCAAGCCAAGGACGAAGGACCCAUAUCGGAUGUCAUAUUUUUCGACUUCUCAAAAGCAUUUGAUAAGGUCGCACACGUCCCGCUGCUCCACAAACUCGAGUCUUACGGGAUUCAAGGGAAAAUCCUUCGUUGGAUCAAGGCGUUCCUAUCAGACAGAUCAUUCAGAGUGAGAAUAGUCUCGACCUACUCCUCUCCAGCGCCGGACUCCAUUGGAGUUCCUCAAGGCUCCGUCUUGGCACCACUCAUGUUUCUGAUCUACGUCAACGACCUCCCAGACGUGUGUAUGGUGAGCUCUCCAAAAGCCUGUGAUGUCCGACACGAAUACCCAUUCUCUCCGUUCCUGUCCAACUUCGUCGACGUUCAAAUGAUGAGGCCAAAGCUGGAAGGUCUUCAAAACCCAGAAAUUCAAAUAGUUGCUUGUUAA